AUGUUGCUCCCCAUUAUUAAACCACUGAAAGAGUUGGCAGAAUAUCCUUAUUCUCUUCAGAGAAUCGGCGGCCAAAAUGAUAAUUCUCGGUGUGCUCCCGUUCUUCAUUGGAGUGAAUGGCUGAGAGUGUCACUCUUCUCUCUUUGUCUCUUUCUCUUCAAUCCACAGAGCGACGACCGAUCCACCAUCUCAUCGAAUUCACCCACUUCUCAAACAGUCCACCUGUCGGCCCCGUAUCCUGGCCCAGCUGCCACCCCUUCGUACAGAGCAACUCCCCAGCGCCCCGAAAGCUUCCUUUUCCGAAACUCCACCAGAGAAGAAGCAAACAAAGCCGUCACGUCGCUGCCUGCUUCCUCGUCAGCUCCGGUUAAUUGCACAGACGACCUCAGCGAUAACCAUAAUUCCACCUUGCCGGAAGAAGACAUUUUGGUGAUAGAGCAACUGCGGAAAAACAUUGAAUCCCGGUUAAAAGUGUCUUUGCCGAACGAUCUCAGCGCAGCCUUAACGGACGGCGUGGUGCUUUGCCAUUUAGCCAACCAUGUGCGGCCACGUUCGGUCCCUAGUAUUCACGUGCCCUCGCCAGCUGUCCCUAAAUUAACCAUAGCCAAGUGUCGACGGAAUGUGGAAAAUUUCCUGGAAGCCUGUCGAAAAAUAGGGGUGCCACAGGUAUGAGAGGAAGCCUUC